UGGUGCCCGGAAGUACACUAUUCAUCACAGCCUCACAGUUUACCCUCAGGUUUUCGAGGACCGAGCAGACGAGUCAAAAAAGCUGCUCGUCAUUCAUGAAGGACUCUCUCUGACGCUAAGUAAAGGUUCGGUGCUUUCCGAAAGUGUAUUACUCCGAGACCUUACCGAAAAUGGUGUGAAGGAAACCUACAUCGAUGGUAAACAAUACGAGAAAUACUUGUAUCAAGAUGUCGAUACGCAAGCAUCAUUACUUGUUCGACCUCAAGCUGCUGGUAAUUACCAUAUAGUUGGCCUGAUCAAUUCCACGCACUUAAUAGAGCCCAUCGGGCGCAUGGAGCGAUCCUCUGUCGCCGGAAUCGCUCACAGGAUAACAGCGAUCCCCGAGUACAAGGGAAUCAUUCGUGCUCUGGAAGCUGACCAUGGCUUUCCUGGUGUUCAACCAAGAAAACUUGAAGAAGAGACCCCAGUAGUUCCAAAAAAUUUUACCGUCGAAAUGAUGAUCUACACCGACUAUUACCACACCAUCCUUAUGGAAGAAGCCACGCAAGAUCGACUCGGCUAUCUCAUAGUGCUCGUGCUGGCGGUCAGCCUUCGCAUGCAGCAGCUGACCCCUCCAGGUUCCAUAGCUAUUACAGCCAUUCAAAGCAGCUGGACUCCGAACGAAACGUACGUGAAGUUGCAUAGCGAAGACGAAUUGCUAGGCACGGAAACCUUGAAAACCAUGGCAAAGAUCGCCAACCAAAGCCAUCACGAACAGCUGGCUGAUGUGGUGUUCUUGCUUACUGGGAGAACCUUAGUGCAGUACACGAAGUCUGCAAACACUACAGAAAUCGAUCCCGAAAACGCAGGAUUGGCGUACACCGGAUCAGCCUGCAGAUACUCGAAAGUCGGCGUUGCAGUGGACUACCCGGGAUACUUCAUGGCAGUCAACAUCCUUACCCACGAAUUAUCGCAUACGUUGAACGCCAGCCAUGACGGUCAGAAAGACGCCAAAGAUUGCUCAAGAGAACACGAGCACUUGAUGGACACACAUCUUGGAGGGAAAAAGAACUUCAUUUACUCGUCGUGCAGCAAGAGAUCAAUUCGCAAGUUCUUGAUGUCUAAUAACGGAUCAUGCUUGAGGCACAAAAUAAACGAAGGCUACGUGUUUGAAGUUCCCUAUACAUACUUACUGAAGAAAGCGCCAUUCGCGGACGGCAUCGGUUACUGCCAAAGAUUUUUUCCUGACUACAGUGAAGUCAAAUACGUUGAGUCACAACAUCCUGGAAAUGGGUGCCGUUUUAGGUGCAAGUUCGGAAAUACGGUCAAUGAAAUGCUAGACGCGAAGUUAAUUGUGCCGAACGGAACGCCUUGUGUGAGUUCUCUAGGACGAAAUACAAAAAAGGUUUGUCACAAUGGCUUUUGCGUGCCAAAAAGGAAAAAAUAAAUAAGUUU